AUGAACGCUUUUGCUUUAGCCUUUGUUUUAUUCGCUGGAGCUCUUGUUCAAGGUGCUCCAAGCGUAUACACCACCUCUGGUUGCGGUGGAUUGGAUUGCGGAUUUAAUGGUUACAGUACCGGAUACACCACCGGCUAUACCACUGGAUACGCAAGCCCAGUUCUACUUACUCCUCUCCAGCUACUGCAUACACCACCACCGAUUACCACCCCAGUGACCUACACCACCACUGAUUAUGUGGCUACCCCAGUGACCACCACUCACACUGACUACGUCAACACUCCAGUGACAACUUCUUACGUCAGCCAACCAUCUGUAGCCUACGACUAUGUCUCCACCAAUGUUGUAUCUACUCCAGCUGUUGUAUCUACUCCAGCUGUUGUAUCUACUCCAGUUGUUGCUGACUACGUGAGCGCUCCAGUUGCUACCACCUACGCCACCGCCAGUCCAGUGUACACCACCACUGACUAUGUCACCACCAAUGUCGUCAGUGCUCCAGUGACUACCACUUCUUACGCAACCACCAGCCCAGUCUACACCACCACUGAUUAUGUCACUUCCAACGUUGUGGCUGCCCCAGUUGCUACCACUGGAUACACCACCGGAUACGUUGCCAAUGACUACGUCACCACCAAUGUUGUUUCCACUCCAGUUACUGGAUACACCACCGGUCAUCUUGCCAAUGACUACGUCACCACCAACGUUGUUUCCACUCCAGUUACUGGAUACACCACCGGGCAUCUUGCUAAUGACUACGUCACCACCAGCGUAGUUUCCGCACCAGUUACCACUGGAUACACCACUGGCUACACCACCGGUAAUGUUGGAUACACCACCGGAGUUACUGGAUACACCAACGGCGUUAGUGGAUAUACCAAUGGACUUAAUGGUUAUACCACUGGUAGCUAUGUCAGCUCCCCAGGAUACACUUCUUCUGGACUUGUCAACGUUUUCUAG